CCUGUACUACUUCACGUCGUACUUCACCUUGCUUGCAUGAUAACAUUUCAGCAGGGUGACAGACAUGUCCCUGUCAUCACAAACUGCUCUGAAAGGUGCCUUGCUGGCAGUCUCUCUGUUUGGUGCAGUGCCCUAUGCUGUAGCCAUACUGUGUAACUUGAUGUAUGGCUGGCCCCAGGGGAAGAACAAGUACAGGCGGGCACUUGACCCAAAGAAAGUGUAUGCAAUGAAUUAUGCUGUAUUGCAAUCCAAGUUGUAUUUACAGUGGAACUGGUUUUACUGGACUGCAACACCAGACCAAUUGGUGAAGGAAAUUCACUUUGGAAGUAGCGACACCAAGCUUGACCUUUAUUAUCCAAGCAAAGGAAAGGCAGCCAUAGAUAGCCCGUGCCCUGUGGUAGUGUUUGUAUAUGGAGGGGCCUGGAGCUCUGGGAGCAAGAACAUGUAUGGGCUUCUGUGUUCACAAAUAGCAGACAAGUUGAAUGCUUUAGUACUGGCACCAGAUUAUUCCAAGUAUCCCAAGGGUUAUGCAGAUGAUAUGAUGCAAGAUAUAGUUGACUGUUUAGCUUGGAUACAAGAAAAUAUAGAAAAUUACAAAGGAAACAAGGAUCAAGUUUUGUUAAUAGGCCAUUCAGCAGGUGCACAUCUAUGUUUUAUGUCCAUAUUUGAACUCUUGUUACGCUGCCAAAGUGAAGAGUCGCCACCCAUAUCUCCCAGUGCUGCCAUGCGACAACUGUCUUCAUCAUCAGGAAAUGGCAUCAGGUUUGAAGAGAAAUAUUUUGACGGGAGUAAUGGUGACAGCAGUGACAAUAACAAACCUGAUGACAGUGAACAAUGUGCAGACAACUCUGGCUCCUUUUUGUUAGUUGAAGGAGAACAGAAAAAUGAACAGAGCAUGGAUGAAUCCCAAAACUUGAGAUCCUUAGUUGAAAGUGUGGUUACGGAUAAUGCCACAGCAUCUGGAGAGAAAGAAGAUAGUGAACAACCUGAAAGUAAAUCUACAGGCUCAAUAUAUUUUGUAAAGGAAGAGGACUUGCAAGAUGAGCCUGUAUUAUCUAGAAGAGUGCAUUUGAAGGAAGAGGCUGGUGGCAUACCUGUGGAGGAACAAAUGUUUUUAUCAGAAAGCAAAAUGGAAAGAAGCUCAUCAGUUGCUGCAUCUUUUCUUGGUUCAGUCAAGGCAAUCAUUGGAUUAGCAGGAGUUUACUCUAUCAGUGAUCACUUUGAUCAUGAGUACUAUAGAGGUGUGGAGGACAUAUCUGCUAUGGCAAGAGCCAUGUAUGGACCUAACCACUUUGACAGACUAUCUCCUACACUAACUGUGAGCCAAUUUAAACAUGGUGCAAGGUAUGUGUUAAUAUAUCUCUUAGAUUAACAGUGCUGAGA